AAUCCUUGUUUCACACUGUCCUGCAGUUUCUUUCUGUCUCACAGAAACACAUUUUUAUUGCGCGCUGCAGACUCAGUCACGCACAUGUAAAUCAUGAAGUCCAUGUUUGUGUUCUUUCUCAUCAUUUGGUUUGCAGAUGCAGAGCUGAAGCCCCGGAAAGGGUCCGGAGUUGUUUGUACUUUCAAAAACAAGACGUACAACCCAGGAGACAGCUGGCACCCCUAUCUGGAGCCUUUUGGGUUCAUGUUCUGCAUGCGCUGCGUCUGCACAGAGGCAGGCCAUGUGAAAUGUAACACCAUCAAGUGUCCCACUCUGCCGUGUGAAAACCCUGUGACUGAGCCUCAGCAGUGCUGUCCGAGAUGCACAGAUGAGCCCAGGAUCCCUGCAGGGUUGAGAGCCUCGGUGAAAUCCUGCAGGUAUAAUGGGACUAUUUAUCAGCCAGGAGAGACUUUCACCAAGCUCGACCUCUUCCCAUCCAGGCAGAGUAAUCAGUGCGUCAUGUGCACAUGCUCCAACGGCAAUAUCUUCUGUGCUCUGAAAACAUGCCAGCCAAUUACCUGUUCUUCACCCGUGCCAGUUCCUGAUACCUGCUGUUUGGUGUGUAAAGAUCAUGGCACCAGUGGCUCUUCAUCAACCGAGGAUGGAAACCAGCAGCUGAACAGAGGCGUUAGGCAUUCAGUGGAUCAGUGUUCAGGAGAGCAGGGCAGGGCGCGGUCCGACCGUGCCACCCCGCCCAGGGUCAGGACUUCUCCCAGAGGUCUGAGCCUCAGUAAACUGAACCUCAAAGGAGCUUCAGAGACUACAGUGAAGAUUCUGUUGCAGAGGAUACACCAAAGAGCUUGUUUAUACAACGGAAAGACAUACUCUCAUGGAGACAUGUGGCACCCAGUUUUGGGGAAGGUCCUGGAAUGCAUCCUGUGCACUUGUACUGAUGGCCUCCAGGACUGCAAACGCAUCACGUGUCCCAGCCAGUAUCCAUGCCAACAUCCUAUGAAAUCAGCAGGAAAGUGCUGCAAGACGUGUCCAGAAAGUAAAGCUGAAAGUAACCAGACGCAGUGUUACCUUGGAUUUAAAAACAAUCUCUUGGUAUAUAAAGUGGAAUCAUCUUUGAGAGUUGACACACCCAACACAGUGAGGAUCAUCGUUGUUGAGCGACAGAGUACGGCUGAGAUUGAAGUGCAAGUCUGGAACACGGUGGAAGGUGUUUUACAAUUAAUGGACAUUGGUGAUGUUCAGAGGAAAGACAUCGUGGAUCAUCCAGAGAACUACACAUUAAUCACAACCCUUGAUGAAGACACGUGGAGAAAAUUUAAAGAUGAAGGGAGAAAUCUGAGUCAAGCUUCUCAGACCACGAUCUGUGAAGACAGCAUUCGGGAGAUGGUGACUUUCCUAAAUCCCAAGCAGAUAGAGGACCAGUGUUCACCCUGAUCGUUCUCUCUCCAUUGACUCUCUUCAUUUUGAUACUUUCAGAACUACAUGUCAGUAUGCUAAUUUUUAAUCAUACAUGUUGCACUUUGUGGAUCCAUUUUUUCUAUUAAAAAAAAAGUUCUUUGCUUAAAAGUAUUUGAAAACAUUUUGUAUUUUUUGAAUAUGUUGGAAAGGGGGGUAGUUUUGUUAAGAAUGUAAAGGGAUUUAAAGGAUGUUAAAUGAUAUUCAACAUAUUUAUUGUAAAUACAAAAAGAGGUUUUGUCACUCUAUUUAAAGUGUAUGAAUUCAGUGUAUAUACAUGUGACUAUGAAUGUUUUUGCAUGACAGCAGUAGUAGCUGCAUUUUGGUUCAGUCUGCCAGUUAAAGCACAACUGUGUCAAAACUGUGUCAUUGAUAGUGAGGAAAGAGCUUCUCAAUUCUUUCUGAAGUCAAAAUAUAGACACACAGAUGCUAUUUUUACGCAGCCACAGGAUUUGGUUUGCUUUUGUAGCCUAAUGACAUUUUACAAAUGCGCAUACCAGAAAUAAUUCCUAUUUAAGUGCUCAUAGUUGAUGUAGCUCAAUGUCCUGUAUACCUCUGCUCACAGUUUUUAUCCAUAAAGUUCUCUCAGUGUUUCCCUCCAUUAAAUGUUUUUCUCUG